GCAGUGGUGUGCACCAGGCAUCAUAACAAGUAUAUAUAGGGGCUCGCACCAUGUCUGUAUUCAUGAUCAGUGUCGAUCCUUCAAUAUUUAAUCAACACGCGACGACUCUUGCAUAUCAGCAUCGAUAUGCUUUCCAAGACCUCUGCCGUCGCAGCUGUGCUGUUUGCACAGUCUGCUCUCGCCUUCCCCAGCCUUGCCCACCUUGACCAACUUCCAAAGGUUCAAGACGGAGAAACUGUUGCUCGCAGCACUCCUGCAAGUGAGCUACACGCCGCCGACAUCGAGAAUGCCAUCAGGGCUAUCCAAGGCGUCUCGGGCAACAAUGUCCCUGACCCAUCCCUGGCUAUCGGUUUCGACGCUGCGAAGCAAUACGUUAGCAAUCAAGGCAAAUACGCCUACGUUGCUCCAGGCCCCAGCGACGCUCGUGGACCUUGCCCCGGUUUGAACGCCAUGGCAAACCACGGUUACAUCCCACAUAAUGGCGUGGCAAGCCUUCAGCAAUUCAUCGAUGGAACCUACACCGUGUUUGGCAUGGGUAAGGAUCUCGGCGGUUUCCUCGCCAUUCUCGGAGGUGUCCUAGAUGGCCCCUUGACCAAAUGGUCCAUUGGAGGACUCUCCGCUGCAGCACCAGGUGGAACUGGUCUUACCGGCAGCCACAACAAAUAUGAAGGCGAUGCUAGCCCUACGCGACCUGAUCUGUACCAGUAUGGUGAUAACUGGACGGUCCGUCGGGAGCAGUGGCAAGCUCUCUACGACACUCAAGCAGGUGUGUCUGACGCAGACGCCAACUACAACUUGAAAGUUCUUCAGGAGUUCCGCAGCAAGCGAUUCGACGAGUCCAAGGCUCAAAACCCUUACUUCUUCAACGGUCCAUUCUCUGGAGUCGCCGUGCAACCAGCGGCAUAUACGUUCAUCUAUCGCUUCAUGGGCAACAAGUCUGCAGAGCACCCUGACGGUGUGUUGAACCGCGAAACUCUCAAGGCCUUUUUUGGUAUGUCUCAAGACAACCAAGGCAGCUGGACCGGCGGUGCUGGCUACGAAACUAUCCCAGACAACUGGUACAAACGUGCCAUCGGUGCCGAAUACACCAUCCCCUUCUUCAUCCUAGACCUGAUUCAGGAGGCCUCUGUGUACCCAAAGUUCCUUGAUAUCGGUGGCAACACUGGUACACCCAACUCAUUCACUGGUGUUGACAUUGAAAACCUCACCGGUGGCGUCUUCAACGCCAAAACUCUGCUUCAAGGCAACAACCUCUUCUGCUUCGCCUUCCAGUUCGUGCAACAGGGCGAGCCCGACUUGCUCACCUCGCUUCUCACCACGCUGACUGGCGAUGCUGGACGGGCCAUUCUGUCCCUUGGCUGCCCAAGCCUAUACAAGAUCAAUGAGGAUCAACUGAAGGCUUACCCUGGCUACAUCCGCAGCCAGAACGGUGAAAAUGGAGUUUAGACAUUUUAUCUUUUUGAAGUUGCAGUACCAUUUGGCAUGAUUCAUGAGGGGCGCAUAUACGGGCAUACUGUUUAGACACGGUCUGUUUAGGCAUUGGGUGGGGGCUGGCGGACUGGGAAACAUUGUAUGAUCGUUUAGCGCUGCAUGUAAACAAAACGAAGC